CCAUGGCUAGUAACACAUAGUAUCACACAAAAGUAACAGUUCGUACUUGAAUCCAACAUAUAGUGAAAUUCAAACAUACUUAAAUAAUAUCGAUAUUCAAAUGUUCAAUUUAAAAUUCCAAAAGUAGGGCUAAGUGCAGGGACAACCGAAAAAGAUGCGUAAUUCACAAACCAAAUGGAAAAAGGAACCUCCAGCACGGGAACUUACAGCCCACAGAUGUCGUCGUAGCUCUCCCUCCUCUCUAGCCAACCACUGCAUCGUCCCUCCUCUCCAGCAGACCGUCGAUGUCGUCUCCAGCAGCGCAACAGGGUCGUCGUCGCAAGCAUCUAUUGCGCCUCGUCCUCGCCGCCAUCGCACAGUCUUCCUCCAUAGUUGUCGUCGCCGAUCGCCAUCGUCUAGUUGGAGAAGGUUUGUGACUCACUCGUCCUUUCCUCUCUCAUUUGGUGGGUUGAUGAAUGAUGAAUAAUGAAUUAAUGAUAAAUGAUAGUAGGGUAUGCUACUAAUUUAAAUGGAAAAGGGGUAAUGCCCGUAAUGGUAUGGUGGAUUGAGAUUUGUAGGUAUGAGUAUGGUGGAUUAAGAGCUUUUUGGUUCGAUUUUUUUUCAACAUUUAAUUUAGUCAGGCGACAAUUAAUCGUACUGAACGCUGGACGGUGCCUCCCCGCCUAGUUGAUGCCUAGCAUAUUCUUGAACAAUGUAAUUUAGUAAUCUCCUAUUGCUCAGAUCAUGCAUUGACCAAACUUAACAGAUUUGGAUAGAACAUGUAACAAAAGAGCAUGUUCGAGAAUCCUCAAAAUAGAAGGAAAAUUUUAACAUAAAAUAUAAUAGAAGGGCAAAUUUGAAACCCUAAUAAAUGUUUAGAAAAUCCUAUUCCAUUUCGAUUACCCUAAUUCCACACGGAAGAGAUAAUCGAAGGGUCAUAUAAAAUUAACUCCUCUCGAGUGAAAAUUAUUACCGAGCAUUCAUAAACAAAGAAAUUGUUACUGAGCGAGCGAGGGACGCAGGAUUUCGCUUUUUCUUUUCUCUUCUCCUCCCCAGAAAUACACAGAAAAAACGCAGUAGAAAUGUUUUCCCGAUUUCAUCUCUCCAAUUUCUUAGAGUGAGCGAGUCACCGAAUUCCCCAAUUUCAAGCAAUUGUAUCCUCUCGCACACAAAAACGAUCCCUUUGUAAAUUCCUUCUCCUUCUACACAUUUCCCCUGCUGCUGCGCUGCUUCGCCUGUUUGUGAGGUACACACUCUUCAUGUCCAACCCACCGUAAUGAAUUAACUGUGAUAUGAAAGGAAUUCGUUGGAGGACCCUUUUUCUUUUGUGUGUUCUACCUCACUUGCCACUCGCUACAGUGCUUUAGAUUGUCUCAAUUGUUUGAUAUUGUUUAAUCCAAUUUUCUUGGUCCGAAAUCGUCGUCGUUGCAAAUUCGGUCUGCGAUCCGUGCCUUCUUUCUGGGAAUUUAUUUAUCGAAUUCGCCAUGAUUUAGAUUCGAGAAUUGGGUUUCUGAUUGUGCAAAAUUAUAAGUAAAAGCAACCACCUUUGCGGGAAAUUGCAAGGAAUUCGGUACUAGGUUGGGUGAAUCUGCAUGGGUUUGCUGAUUGAGGGUUGAAUUGUUGGUUUUUGGUUAUGGCAUUGUCCUUUUUCUUCUCUCUCGUUGCACUAUGAUUCUUUACUUGAUGAUCUUGAUUUAGUUCCACUGUUCGUCUCUGAAUGCCUCUUCUUCGUUUGUUCAUUUGUUUAUGAUGUACAAUUAAGGUUUUCGACUUUGGAGAUAGAUUCCUUCAAGAGGAGGGAAGGAUCAUUCGGGUUUGAUGGGCGCUCCUAAGCAAAAGUGGACAGCAGAAGAAGAGGCUGCCCUUAAAGCUGGAGUGGUUAAGCAUGGGACUGGUAAAUGGCGCACUAUCCUUAUGGACCCCGAGUUCAGUGCAGUUUUGCAGCUGCGUUCUAAUGUUGAUCUCAAAGAUAAAUGGAGAAACAUAAAUGUGACAGCAAUUUGGGGUUCUAGGCAAAAGGCAAAGCUUGCACUUAAGAGCAGUCCACAAACACUUAAAAAUGACCAGAGCUCUAGCCCUCCGACCACUGUAGUACCCUCUAAUGAAGAAGCUGUAGACGCCAAGCCUCUUGCAGUAGUUUCCGCUGCAACAUCACGACGUAGUGGGAGUCCAAUGGAACUAUUUCCAAAGUUGGAUAGUUUGAUUUUAGAGGCUAUCGCUACUUUGAAGGAGCCAGGUGGUUCUGAUGGAGCUUCGAUUGCUAUGUACAUAGAGGAUAAACAAUGGGCAGUCCCAAAACUCAGAAAGUUAUUGGCAGGAAACCUAAAGCGUUUAACAGCCGCUGGAAAGUUGAUCAAGGUAAAGCACAAGUACAGAAUUGUACCAAGUUCUCCUUUAUCAAAGGGAAAGAAAAGAACCCCCCUUUCACGUAUAGAUGAAGAUCAGAAGGACAUUUCAAACUUGGAAAAGAAUGGCACCACCAAAAUGGUGACUGAGUCCCAAGUUGAGCAAGGCCUAUUGAGAAUACAAGGUAUGACUGCCCAAGAGGCUGCGGAUGCUGCAGCUAAGGCAGUUGCAGAAGCCGAGGCUGCUAUUGCUGAGGCCGAAAAGGCUACUAGGGAGGCAGAUAGAGCAGAGGCUGAAGCAGAGGCCCGCCAAGUUUUUGCAAAAGCAGCUUUGAAAGCAUUUAAACUCUGUGCACGUCACUCCUGGUAAUUAAUUAAUUUUCCCUCGCCCCAUCUUCAUGAAAGAUAUUUCGUCAUUUAUAAUGUAGAUAGGGAAUCAACAAUGCUGAUAUCUAUGAGAGGCUGACAUGUUUCCAUCUCUGAUCUAUAAAAUGUCAACUCAUUCUCCUUGCAGAUGACUGGAAGUAUGACUUGGAUGGGUGCUUUAGGUGUUUUAGCGCAAAAAGUAAACCUCGUAAUUUUUUGCAGCAAAAUCUCGACUGCCAGCCAUGUUGACUUGUACUGUAAAUGUUGUAUAUGUCAAAGGUGCAACAACAUUGAAUCUGCAACGAUAUAGUGAUCCUUUAGAGAACAGAAAUCUGUGACUCAAGGAUUCUGAAUAAUAUAGAUUUUUUUGACACCAAGAGUUUAGUGCUUUGCAGGAGCACGAGACAGUUGAUCAGUUGAAAAAGCCAAAGUUGAUCAUUUCUUUCAUACAUUAAUAUUACAUACAUUGGGAAGAAAUCAUGAUUUCUGGUCACAACUGUACGUGUCUAGCACGGCACGACACGAUUAGAACACGGCACGAGCAUGAAAUAAAUGGGUUGGCCCGGUAAGAGCACGAAUAAUUUAUGGGUCAUGCCGGUCCUAAACUUCACGGGCAUGAACACGGGCACGAACACGGUAUAUAAGUGGGCCGUGUCGGGCCUAAUAUUUUCGAGACUUUAUUGAGUAUAAGAACGAACAUGACACGAAAUAAUAUUUAUUUGAUAGAAAAUAAAUAUAAAAAGAAUUA